GUCAAUUUGUCAUCUGGCCUUCUACAAAUCGCUGACCAAAAAGCAAAACCAACACGAAGCUCAUCAUCUAUACAAAAAAUGCAGUCCCUUUCAGUUUCUCGCUCCUCUCUCUACCACACUAACCAAGUUAUCUCCACCAAAACUCCCAUCUCCCAUCAAAGCAGAGUCUUUUGUCGAUUUUCUCCUCAUCAACUUCAACAGUUACAGAGGCAUCAGCAGUUGGCCUCUCUCAGCUACAACCCACUACGAGUGUUGAGAAUGGCGAAAAAAGGGCGUGGGGCUGGUGCUGUUUGCUAUGCUGCGCCGCUCACACCUGGGAAUCUUCAGUGGGUCUCCGCUGUUUCGACUGCAGUCCUAAUGCUAGCAAAGGGAACAGCUAUCCACAAAUCCUUCCUUGUUCCUUUGUUUGCACUACAAGCACCUGCAAGCAUUCUCUCAUGGAUGAAGGGUGAGUAUGGCAUGUGGACUGCUUUCUUGGCCCUUCUAGUACGUCUCUUCUUCUUUAUUCCAGGGGAAUUGGAGUUGCCGUUUAUAACGUUACUGUUGGUGAUUGUGUCUCCAUAUCAAAUUAUGAGGCUGAGAGGAACACAAGAAGGUGUGAUUCUUUCAUUGGUAAUAGCAGCUUAUUUGGCUUUCCAGCAUUUUACUAGAGCCGGCAGCUUGGGAAAAGCUUUCGACCAAGGUUCAAUCAUUGCUACCUUAGCCACCAUCUGUAUUGUUGCUGUACCGUGCUUGCUUCUGAUCUAAUUUCUGUGAACUAUAGACUAUCUGUAAUUAAUGACAAUAAAUUUUCUGUAAACAAGAAUCAAAAUUUAUGCGGUAUGCAUUGCUCUCGUUUAUAUGGCAGAUGAACUGCAUUUAUUUCAGGUGGUUUGAGUAAA